UUACGCUUACGGAUCGAACGUCACUAUACGUAAUUAAUAUUCAUAAGUUGUACAAUCACACACGGAACUGUGGAAAACAACCGAGCGGUGAGAAAAGUGAAUGAAAAACCGUCUCGUAUACAUCAUCUGAAAGUUUUGAUGGCAUCUGCAGAGUAAAUGAAGUGAGGUGCUGAAGAGAAGUUAUUGAUCACCGUCGGUCCAUCUGAAACAGAAUGGAGAACUCAUCAUCCAGAGAUGAAUACAAGAUCCAAUCAUUUGAUAUGGAGACGCAGGCGCUCCUCAAAACCGCUCUGAAUGAUCCAGGGUCAGUUGAUCUGGAUAAAGUAUCCAGUGUUAUAGUCGAGCAGUCUCUAAAGGACCAGGCCUUUAGCAGAGAGGCUGGACGAAUCUGUUACACUAUAGUCCAGACAGAAGCCAAACAGAGCAACAAGUGUGUGUUUCGCCGUCAGCUGUUAAACCGACUUCAGCAGGAGUUUAAUGCCCGAGAGGAGAUAAGGAGGAGAUCCACUCAGGAGUGGGUUUGUCUUGUGUCCUUCAUCUGCAACAUCUUUGAUUACCUCAAGGUGAAUAACACGCCCAUGGUGCCGCUGGUUCAGCCUGUGUAUGACUGUUUAUUCAGAUUGGCACAGCCUGAUGCUCUGAAGAACGAGGAGGAGAUGGACUGUCUGGUAUUACAGUUACACCGUAUUGGAGAUCAGCUGGAGAAGAUGGAUAUGCAGCGCAUGGAUGAGUUGUUUUAUCUUCUGAGGGACGGGUUUCUCCUGCAGGACGAUCUGAGCUCAAUGGGUCGACUGCUCCUGCUGGAGAUCCUGGAGUUUCGUGCGGGAGGCUGGACCCUCAGUGACACCGCUCAGAAAUAUUACUACAGUGAAGUGACAGACUGACACCUCCACCAAAAUUCAAGGAAACAAUGGAGGAAAAACACUGGAGGCUUUAUGUUUUAAGGAAGGCUUUGAGAUUUACUAGGUAUGUGGGUUAACAAAAUAGAGGAUUUAAUCAGGUUAGGGUGUUCAGGUGUUUCUGGUGUUCUGUAGUUUUGAUAUGGUAAGUAGUAAGAUGGCUCACUUUCUCCGUAAACAUUCCUGUGGUCUGUAAUAAUGUUACAGAUCCAACAUUCCCGAAACAAACUAUUAGUGUGUGCUGUAAUGCCGUUCAAUUAGGGUUAAGCAACACUUUUCUGAAGAUUGUUGAACCACAUCUGUUUUCUGUGAAAAAUAAUCAUUUCUAGCCAAAGUUAGGCAGCUUUUUUCAGGAAAUAAAGUUUUUUGUGAACACGGAGGUCUUUAAUAAUAAGUGAUAAUGAGAUUUCAGCUCAUGAAUCUCUGCUGAAAAUGUUUCAGGCCAAAAACAUAUUUGCUGUUUUUAAAGGAUAAGAUGAGAAAAGUUUACCAGAGGCAAUGAGAUGCCUAUGUGUGGUUUAGUGUUUAAAUGCAGUAUAUCUUUCGGGUAUAUUUUAUACUAUUUAUAUGAUGUAAACACACAUUUAAAAACACACAAGUGAUGGACCAAAGCAAGAGACAUAAUAAAUUUAAGAAGUGUGCAUAUUAUUACAGUAUCACAAUGUUUAUUUCCAGUGGAUUACCAUCCAUCAGAUAAAGACAGACUGGAUUAAAAUGUCACAAAAUAAAAUAAAUAAGAUAAAAAAAAUAAACUUUAUGUGUUUUAGCAUA